GGUUGGGAUUGGAGUUUGUGAUGACACCCCUCCGGAAGGGAUGCGCAUCGGUCACGUGCGCGUUAUCGAUAGCACGGACGCGUCCAGGAAGCCGAUGAAGAGGUUCGCUUCCUCUUUCACGCCUCGAGGCGAUCGCAACUCCUCACUAUGGAGCCAUGGAAUCAACCCGUACCAUUUCCGAGCUGAAGUCGUCCUUUAUUAGGGCGCAGGUGCGAAUCCUAUCUGAAAGCCUCGAGCCACCCGAGGAUUGGCGAAACUACGCCGCGGAAACUGAGGAAGAUGAUCUCAGCGAUAAGGUAGUCGGCGAUGUCUUACAAAAGUUAAAUGCGGCGUUGAAACAGCACAGUCGCAUUGUCUUUGCCUCUCAGGCAGUCCAGCAUGUUGCACAGCAAAUUACCAGCUUAUAUUGGUCCUCGGUGACCCAGGCGAUCCCCAAUCCAGGCUCUUUGUUAAAGGGUGUCGAGAGAUCGGUGGACCUGUCCAGUCAUUUGAACAUCGCUCAACUCCCAUUGGAGCUAGAGGACCAAUCUGCGAGCGAGGAACAUCGGGCGAGGUACCAAGAACUCCGAGAACGUCUCACUGAGCUGGACCGUCUCCGGCAACAGCGACAACGGCGCCUCGAUCAAUUACGACAGCUGCAGCGAUUACUCGAGCCGUUUCAGGAAGCCCAGAAAAACAUCCAGCCUAACUUGGUAACACGCGAUGGAGAGCUGGUACAAGAGUUGGAGAAGAUGAGGAUGCUGGUGGCGCGCGUCGGCGGCCGGGUUGAACAGGGAAAGAAAAAAAUGGGGAUCCAGGAGAAUGACAGGCCGUAUCUGGGUUGCGACCAGAAACUAGAUGCCCUAUUGGACAUGACAUGAUGACAAAUAGUGAGGAAGGGCCCGGCUAGAUCAUACUACAUUUGAAGGAAGGAUGCCCGAAUAAAUCGAAUGCCUUGCCU